AUGUCACAACGUAGCAAUGCUGACAAAGGAAAUGGAGACAACCAGUCAGAGUGUGUGCGCUCAAGGAGCAGUCGCUCAUCUGGUACAUCGUCUGGCUCAAAAAUCAGCAUAGCCAUCGCCAUGGCAAAAGCAAAGGCUGAAGCCGCGCAAGCUAGAGCGGCACAUUCAAAAAGGGAAAUCGAGCUUAAAGUGGAGCAAGCACGUAUUCAAGCCAGCCUUGACGCAUUAAUCGACGAAAAGGAAAGGGAUGCCGCCGUUGCAGAGGCGAACUCCCUAGUAGCUGGUUUACAAGAUAUGGGUCUCGAAGUACGCAGCGAAGUUAACAGCCCGGUCUCCCAGUCUAUCAAAGACCAGCGCGUCGCUGCCUUUAUCUCCGAGCAGGCCAGCCUACGCAACAAGGGUCUAUCGGCUACAGAAGAUAACCUUCCACCUUCUCAACCAGCCACCCACCCGCAUAACGCGGGUCAGACCCAAGCUGCUGCUUCUGCUGCUAUUACGCCACACCAAGCUCUUCAGGGCCCUUGGAAAAGCGAUGCACCGUUACGUCAGAGCUUUAAGUCGCCCUUCUACCCCCCUCCAACUCCCCAAUUUAGCGGAACACUUCCGCAGCAGAACCCCAGGCAGGAUUUCACGUCUCCUGCGCACCAGCCCGUUCAUGGGACGCUUUACAGAGGUGACCACGACCAUUCUACAACCACCGGCCUCAUCAAAUAUCUUGCUCGCAACCACUUGGUGACUUCAGGUCUCACCACAUAUGACGACCAGCCAAUAAAUUACUGGGCCUGGAAAACAUCGUUCCAGAACGCCAUUGCCAAUCUAGACCUGUCUGCCGCAGAAGAACUCGACCUCCUAACCAAACACCUGGGAAAAGAGUCAGCAGAACAGGUAAGAAGAAUAAAAGCGGUCAACAUUAGGAAUCCAACUACUGGACUGUGCUCGGCAUGGGGGCGCCUCGACGAAGUAUAUGGCUCGCCAGAAGCCGUCGAACAAGCUCUGUUCAGCAAAUUAGAAAGCUUUCCAAAGCUCACAACAAAGGAUCCACGGAGGCUCCGGGAUCUAGCCGACCUGUUGUCAGAGCUACAAGCCGCCAAGGAAGAUGGCUACCUCGCAGGCAUGUCGUACUUGGAUACCUCCAGAGGAAUUAAGCCCAUCAUCGAGAAACUUCCAUACAGCAUACAAGAAAAGUGGCUAUACCACGGGACGAGAUACAAACAAGAACAUUUCGUCAGCUUCCCACCUUUCUCCGUGUUGGUGAACUUCAUCCGCACCGAGGCGAAAGCACGUACGGACCCAAGUUUCAACCUCUUCAUGCCAAGUCCUCCAGCCGAGAGAAGGAAUAAAUGGGAGAGGCCCACGAAGACGUCCGUUCACGCCCACAAGACACAGGUCUCAGGCACUGCCAAGUCUGAGUCUAAAGAAAGCAGGGAACGUAUCGACCCGAAUAAACAUUGCCCCCUGCACAAAAAGCCCCAUCCUCUGAGGAAAUGCAGAGGUUUCCGUGAGAAGAGCCUAGAUGAUCGCAAACAGCUUUUGAAAGAACACUACGUCUGCUUUCGCUGUUGCUCGUCAACAGACCAUCUUGCAAAGAACUGCACAGCCGAGAUAACAUGUACUGAGUGUGGGAGCGCCGCUCACGUGACAGCCCUUCACCCCCACCCACCUACCUGGAAAUCCAAGUCGUUCCCUUCCACCUCAGAGGAUAGCGGGGAGGAGGACAAAGCGGAUAACCAGGAGGUCAAGUCAACGUGCACACAGGUAUGUGGGGAAGGUCUGAGUGCCAGAGCGUGUGCUAAGAUCUGCCUCGUCAGGGUGUUCCCAAACGGACGCAGAGGGGAAUCCAAGAGAAUGUACGCUAUAUUGGAUGAGCAGAGUAACCGCUCCCUCGCGCGGUCAGAGUUCUUCGAAGCCUUCAAGAUCUCUGGGCGCUCGUACUCAUACACACUAAAGACCUGCGCGGGACAUUCCUACCCCGGUGCAGCCUACCAUCAUGCCCACCUAAAAUGCAUCGCUGACAAGAUACCACCUCCGGACCCAGACGCCAACAUUCUUCUCUUACUGGGCAGAGAUAUCUUACGGGUCCACAAGGUCCGAGAGCAGAUAAGUGGCCCAGGAGAUGCUCCCUUCGCCCAAAGGCUUGACCUGGGGUGGGUCAUUGUCGGGGAUGUGUGCCUCGGAGGUGCUCACAGACCACCGGAGGUGAGAAGUUACAAAACAGCCGUUCUAGGAAACGGUCGUACAAGUCAUCUCCAGCCAUGUAACAACCAGAUCAAAGUGACAGAGGUGUUUGGACAAGCACGUGACUAUCAACAUCAUCCAGCGCUAACCUCGACGAUGCUAAUUGGAGACAAUUUGGGGCAAACUGUCUUCGCUCGCACUCCCAACGACCACAAACUUGCUCCAUCCAUGGAAGAUCUAGAGUUUCUGAGAAUAAUGGAAGCCGAGUGUUGCCAGGACAGCUCCAACAGUUGGGUCGCACCUUUGCCGUUUAGGUCACCGAGACGGCGACUCCCCAACAACAGGAAACAGGCUCUCGAACGCCUCGUCUCACUUCGGCGCUCACUGGAAAAACGACCACGGAUGAAAGCUGACUUCCUAGAGUUUAUGGAGAAGAUGCUCAUUAAGGCGCACGCAGAAGCUGCCCCUCCCAUGCAACCUGGACAGGAGUGUUGGUACUUGCCCCUGUUCGGUGUGUAUCACCCUCGGAAGCCAGACAAGAUCCGCGUGGUCUUCGACAGCAGUGCAUCUUAUGAGGGAGUAUCGCUCAAUGAUGUUUUACUCACUGGUCCCGAUCUUAAUAACAGCCUACUAGGUGUUCUUAUGAGGUUUAGGAAGGAACAGGUUGCAAUCACUGCCGACAUCGAACACAUGUUCCACUGCUUCAUCGUGAAAGAGGACCACCGGGAUUUUCUCCGUUUCCUGUGGUAUAGAGACAACGACCCUACCUCCGACAUCGUGGAUUACAGGAUGCGGGUUCAUCUUUUUGGUAACAGCCCCUCGCCUGCAGUCGCAGUGUAUUGCUUGCGGCGGGCGGCUAAGGCAGCAGAGGCCGACUACGGCAGUGAUGCCAGGAGAUUCAUCGACCGCGAUUUCUAUGUCGACGAUGCCUUAAAGUCCUUCAGCACAGAGGAAGAAGGCAUCGCAGUUCUCCAACGAGCGCAGAAGAUGCUUGCGGCUUCUAACCUCAGGCUGCACAAGAUUGCAUCAAAUCGGUCUGCAGUCAUCAGAGCAUUCCCCCCCCAGGAUCACUCUCAGGAUUUCAAUGGCCUAGAUCUCUUCAUUGAUGAUCUGCCUAUCCAGCGUAGCCUGGGACUGUUCUGGAACAUGCGCACGGACACCUUCACGUUUCAGAUCGAGAUCGAUCAGAAGCCGUUCACCCGCAGAGGGGUACUCUCAACCGUGAACAGCCUCUACGACCCCCUAGGGUUUCUCGCACCCAUCACAGUUAAUGGAAGACUGAUACUCAGAGAACUCACCAUGCAAGCGGAGGAUUGGGACGCACCUCUCCCCAAAGACAUGGAGAUUGAGUGGACUAGAUGGAAACAGUCACUCCAAGACCUGGAGGGGCUCCAAAUACCACGCCCUUAUACGUCCCUCUCCACCACAGGUGCCCUAAGGAGAGAACUCUGUGUCUUCGCCGACGCAUCGGUCAAAGCAAUAGCAGCCGUAGCCUACAUCAGGGUAACUAGCAAGCAGGGACAGACUGAGAUUGGCUUUGUCUUUGGGAAGGCAAAGUUGGCUCCCCAACCUGGCUUAACUAUCCCUAGACUUGAACUUUGCGCCGCCGUGCUCGCUGUCGAGAUCGCUGAGAUGAUAGUUGCAGAGAUGGACACAACGUUUGACAACAUCACCUACUACACAGAUAGCAAAGUUGUACUGGGAUACAUCUACAACCAGUCAAGGAGAUUUUAUGUCUACGUACACAACAGGGUCCAACGAAUCCUUCAGUCACCUUGUCCCGGCCAGUGGAAGUACGUCCCAACGCAUCUCAACCCAGCUGACGUUGGGUCAAGAACUGUAGCAUCAGCCCUGCUCAGCAGCACACCAUGGCUCAAAGGACCAGCCUUUCUCUGCGACGCAUCAGGGCAUCCAUCCGAGCUUCAAGAGACGUACAAUCUUGUCGACCCCGACAUCGAUGCCGAAGUGCGUCCACAGGUGACGACGAAACUCACCCAUGUCACCAAAGGUGUGGUACGCCCUCAACGCUUUGAACGCUUCUCCAAGUUCAGCACACUCCGUGCAGCCAUCGCACAUUUGAUCCACGUAGCUAGCUCCUUUGCUCGCUCGACGCAGAACGAAUGUCGAGGCUGGCACAUUUGUCGUCCUACAGAAGAGGAGCUGCUGAGAGCCGAAGUGUGCAUUGUAAAGAGUGUCCAGGGUGAGUGCUACGCAGAAGAGCUCAAGUGCAUCAACUCGGGAAUCAACAUACCAUCUUCUAGCAGCUUGUGGAGAUUGCACCCCAUUAUGGACCAGGAUCGACUACUUAGGGUAGGAGGUCGGAUCGAGCAGUCAGGCUUAGGCAUGAACGAGACUCAUCCCAUCAUCAUUCCUGGCCGGCAUCACCUCGCCACUCUGCUUGUGUCCCACUAUCACGAAGCAGUAAAACACCAAGGGAGACAUCUUACUGAGGGUGCCAUUCGGGCUGCAGGGUUUUGGCUCGUGGGAGCCAAACGCUGUAUCAGCAGUCUGCUUUACAGAUGUAUCACUUGUAGGAAACUGAGAGGGAAGGCCGAACAUCAACAGAUGGCAGCCCUGCCGGCAGAACGGCUACAAGUAGCACCUCCCUUCACCUACGUAGGUGUCGAUGUCUUUGGACCAUGGGACGUCGUUUCACGCCGCACAAGAGGAGGAGUCUCGAACUCCAAGCGAUGGGCGGUGAUGUUCUCGUGUAUGUGUUCCAGGGCAGUGCACAUUGAGGUGAUUGAAGCCAUGAGUGCUAGCAGCUUUAUCAAUGCCUUGAGGAGAUUCUUUGCGGUCAGGGGCCCCGCGAAGCAGAUACGCUCGGACUGCGGAACUAACUUUGUCGGCGCCUCCCGUGAGCUGGAGAUGGACAAGACAAAUCCAGGUUUUGACAGUGUGGAGAAGUACCUCAACAAACAGAGCUGCACCUGGGUGUUUAACCCACCCCAUGCGUCCCAUAUGGGUGGCGCAUGGGAGAGAAUGAUCGGCAUCGCCCGCCGUAUCUUGGACUGCAUGCUGCUUGAACAGAGAAAGUCUCGCCUGACACAUGAGGUUCUGACCACGCUUAUGGCCGAGGUAGCUGCAAUUAUGAACGCAAGGCCGAUCAUCCCAGUGUCAUCAGAUCCGGAGUCGCCCUGCAUUCUCACACCAGCAAUGCUCCUGACUCUCAAAACAGGUCCCACGCCUCCUCUACCGUCAGGCAAGUUCGAGGAAGCAGAUCUCUUCAGAGAGGAGUGGAAACAAGUUCAGGGCUUAGCAGACAUGUUUUGGAACAGGUGGAGGCAUGAAUACCUCAAAACGCUGCAACUUCGGCACAAGUGGCAAGGGAAACAGCCGAGCCUUCAAGAAGGGGACAUAGUUCUCCUAAAAGAUAAUCAGGCAGAGAGAAAUGAGUGGCCCGUGGGCAUCAUCACGAAAACCUUUCCAGGGAAGGAUGGAUUGGUCCGGAAAGUCGAAGUGGAAGUCGUCAAGGAUGGAGAUAGGAGAGGAUUCUCUCGUCCCAUUACAGAAGUAGUUCUGCUUCUUUCUCCAAAGUCUGAUUCUGCCAAUUAAUGUGGGCUCUUUAAAGACCCCAAGCGGGGAGUGUUAUGCCUCCAGAAAUGUGUUUUCUACCUUGUUAUCACAGUUUAGAGUGACUUGUUUAUUUUCGUAACCAUGACAACAUGGAAGCAGUGCACGCUGGGAGUCAGGAAGUAAAUUUACCGUGUGGCUCUGGAUAUUGGUAUGUGGGCUCACGCAGCCGUCAGCUCCACAGUUACAGGUUUAAUCCUUUUUCCCUCUGCUAAGGCAAAGUCUUUUCACAAAAUGCCCAGUAAACCUCCUGGAAUUGAACUGUUUGUGUCCUGGAGUUUUUUUGGGAGUGUUUAAGCUGAAUGGAAACUUAGCCCAUG